AUGGAGGGGGAGGGAGAUCCCAUGACCGUAGCCACAGGGACCUUGGAACCCGUCGUAGGGAAGCUGGGUGCUCUGCUGGGCAGUGGGUACAAGCUUCAGCACCGGACUCGCAAGGACGUCAAGUUCAUAAAAUCCAAGCUCAAGUCUGUGCACUCCAUCCUUUGGGAGGUAUGGGAGACGGAGGAUCUCGAUGCGGAAUCCAAGGGCCUGAAGAAGGAAGCGCUGGAUCUCGCUGAUGAUAUGCAUGAUGCCAUCGACGACUUCAUCCUCACUAUCGAGGGCAGCCGCGGAAGCAAGAGCUUGAUGAUGCAGAGCAAGAUGAAAGCAAGCCCCUUCCAAGAUUUCAGGGCAAGAGUGGAUGAAGUGUCAGGCCGGUGCCGUAGAAAGUGGACGUGGGAGCAGAACAAGUCAGCUCAACCCAUUUCCAGCUUAUUUCCAAGGAAGAAAACCACCAAACCCAGAAAUCCACCUCCUCCUCAAGCUCCAUUUGUCCACAAGGAUGCAUCGGAGAUCGUUGGAAUGGACACAUGGACGAAUGACCUCAUCACAUACCUAGUAGGACAAGGAGAUGAAGAGACCACAACAGUGCAUCCGCAGCUAAAAAUGGCAUCCAUUGUUGGAAUGGCUGGUGAGGCGAAAACAACACUUGCUAACCUUGUUUAUGAGGAGAUUGGAAAUAAGUUCCAGUCCUGGGUUUUUGUGUCCGUCACUCCAACUCCCCACAUGAAGGAGGUUCUCACAAGUAUUGUCCGGCAAGUAGGAGCUGAACCAACUGCUGGUACCCAAGCAAGAACAGAGGAACGUAUCAUCCACAGCAUAUCCAGUUUCCUAGAGAACAAAAGGUGCGUAAGUUUAUAA